UCGUUCCUCUACUCACCCCAGCACACCCGCUGGACGCCCUCGCGCGUCUCCAAAAAGCGCCGAUCCUGGAGAGUCACCUCAAAUAAAAGAAAACUCUAGUCAUAAGGGAGUCCGAGGCGUUGAACGUAGAAUGCCGAAUUCACCAAGCAAGCAAACCAACAGCCGCAACGUGAUCGCGACAAACAAUAUGCAGGUCUUAGAACGGGAACACAACCAAACUGAGAAUAAACAGGGCAUUGUUGGAGGGCCACGAGGAGCCAGACCUGGGGAGCGUGAAGCAGACAAAAGACGAAAUGUUGGUGUCGGUAAUGGAGCCUGUGAUGGGGGAAUGGCAGGAGCACCACAGCAUGAUGUAGGGCUUCGCCUUCUCAGGGACGAAAAAGGACUUGCAUGUAGGCCAGCGGCGUCGAAGCCUCUCUCGGAAGAGCAGGAAGAAAGGAUUCGGGAAUUUAAAAAAACUGUCAGACACUUCAAACACCAGCUCGAAUGCAACUAUGCAGCACAAACCCAAACUAUGAACCAGACACUGGGCCACGGCGGGUUCGGCGCUGUCUACCUCGUGAAGAGGAAGGCCGACGGACGACACUUUGCCCUCAAACAGGUUCCCAAACGGAAGGUUCUGAAAGUGUCUUCUCGUGAACGGCAGUUUGCGGAGCGCAACUUUCUCUCUUCCUGCAACUGUCCCUGCAUUGUUCAACUGCAUGCAACAUUCCAAGACGAGUUGUUCCUGUACCAAGUGGUCGAGUUCCUUCAAGGAGGGAGCAUGAUGCACUACAUGCAUGCGAAGCAAAAGUUCCCCGAAGAUGUUGUCAAGCUUUGCAUCGCCGAGCUCGUCCUUGCAGUGAAGGAGGUCCAUGACAAAAAUUACAUUCACAGGGACAUUAAACCGGACAAUAUCGUAUUCACCCGAGAUGGCCAUCUUAAGCUCCUAGACUUUGGACUCGCCAAGUUCGCGCCGCACGUCUUCCACUUCGCUUCUUACGGCAACAGCCCGAGUCGUUCACGCUGCUGUUCGUCCACGUCUGCGGGAGGCGCCGCUCAUGCAGGAAUGAGCACAACUACUGCCAGUACCAUGGCGAGUCCUCACCCGCUGGAGCCGACUUGCGGAAGCAAUCCUUUGUCCCCAGUGAAAGUUUUUGGAAGACACUUGCCUCGAAACUCUUCGUCUCCGUAUGGUUUCGGCGAAGGGUGCUGCAAAUGCCUGCACAUGCAGCACGAGGAAGAACUGUCUGGGGAUGGAAACUUGAAUCGACCCUCUGACACGCUGCUGCGUUCUAUCUGUGGAACUCCGAUGUACACAGCUCCAGAAGUUCUUAGAGGCGAGGGGUACGACCACUCCGUCGAUUGGUGGUCCGUCGGCGUGGUGAUGUUUGAGAUGCUCUACGGAGGCAUUCCGUUCUGUCCGCCUCCCAAGUAUCGCGGAGAUGUAGCAGCAUUUGUGAAAGUUCAAGUUACGAAUCACGCACUUGUUUGCCCAAUUCCGUACCCGUCGCCGAUCUCGAGUGUCCUUUCUCCAGAAUCCAUCAGCAUGAUGCAGAGCCUCGUGUGUGAGCCAGAGAACCGAUUCAAGAGCGCUGCGAAAAUCAUGCAGCAUCCCUGGUUUGACGGCAUCGACUGGGAGACAAUUCACCGCCAAAAGUCGCCUCUCUGUGAAGACACUGAACUGUACGCUCAGCGUCACUUCCCCCUCAUCGACGUUUCUUCCGACUCCUCAGACGCAGAGCAAGACGCCAACACACAGUUUGGAAACGAUGCAAAGGAUUCAACUGUUUUAAAACCCGGUGACGGCGGUGCAAACAAAAAGGGACCAUCGGGCACGAGCUACCGAUCCAAACCUGGUUCUUCAGCAGCCGCAGAGCCGGACUUGCUGUUUUCUCGCUACGAGUUUAACAGGCGAGCGGUGGAGACGCUGCCGACAUUCAGCAGAGUCCUGCAGAGAAAUGCACAGAAGCAUUUUAAUUCCACUUUCAACAGCAGGACUCGCGACAGUUCUGCCUCCCCGUCGCCUUCGGUGAAAUCGCCUGGAGGCAACGAGUCAAGAUUCUGGCGCCCAGACCGAAGCAGUGGCGAUCACGAGAACGGUGCAAACCACGCCGAUGUCCAGCCCAUGAAAGUCAUGUUUUCGCCAGAUCCCAAGCGAUGCGAACUAGCCAAAGACGAGGAGCCUUUUGCCACUGAAGAGCAAGCUUGUGAUCAGGCACUCUUUGCUGAAGAACGGCAGCACGCCAGAGCGGAAGAAGAGGGGGAGGCGGAACAGACACAGAUGUCGCUGUCUUUGGACAGCGCUGAGGAGACUGGGAUGCGCUCUUUUUCUGCGGAAAGUGACCGUGGAGCGAACGGAAAAGCAGACGAAUGUAGCCACGGUGGAUCCACAGAAUCACUAGGACGGCUUUACGAGGAGGCGCACAAAAACUGUCAGGGUACAGAACCCCAGGAAGUGGCUGUGGAACGCAGCUAGGAACGCAGAAAAGAACAUUGAAGAAACCGAUUGAGACAGCUAGUAAGGACUGGAAAGAGCUUUGGACGAGGGGUUCGCUAAUUCAGGAAUGACUGGGGAGAAAGUAUGAGGCGGCACACAUAAAACAGGGAGACGUGCUUCUGGCAGAAACGGAAGCGAAGUUGCGAUGGUGUAAGAUUAUUAAGGCAAAAAGUCACCAAGUAUCUCGUAGAAACAGUGGAACUUUACAGAGGGAAUAGGCGUCUCAGUGAACUGCUUGAAAUGCAACUACGGCUUCAAAAGUGUAAUUUCGACUGGAGAAAAACGACAGGUGGAAACGAAAGGAACCUUGCAGCCGAAUUGGCCACUAACUGUAUCACGGACGUCCAAGGUGUUUCAACCUCUGGAAGAUUUCGCAAUCCGGUUGAGAAAUAGGUUGUGAAAAAGAUAAACUUCUCGACACUAUUUAAACACAAUAAUACCGGAGUGAGUUGCAGAAUUCGCACGUACAUUUACUAUUCGGACAGACGGCGGAGGGUACGUCUGGGCAUAAACUUUUCCUCAAUGCAUACGUGUCGUUUAACACCUUGUGCUUGCGAACCGCUGAAAAGCACAGAGAGAAACCGUAUCCUAGCUCGAUUCGGAUGCUUCACAUGCAAAGUAACAUUUUAUCGAAGCCAUGGUCAGGCUGUGAGUAGAGCGGGUUCUCAGACACUUUCAAACUGGAUAUACCGCAGAACCACAAGAGUAUUGACUAUCCA